GUUGUUAUUGUGUGGACGUUUAUCGACAGCGAGAGGUUAUCAUCUCAUUCGUCGCCGCACAGUCGCUUAAGCUAUACUUACUUGUGCAACUAUGUAAAAUAAAAUCGAAAUGCGUUUUGUAUUCCUGUUAUUAUUAGUUUCGUGUUUGUUGUGCGUGUGUGUACCUGUGCUGUGCUCCGACAUGAUCGUCGGCGAUACUGUUCACCGGAAAAUGAUUUUCCAUCAGAGGGUCAAAGAUUUUGCGAUACCCUUCAAAAAGAGAGUAAAGACUUUAACGUUCAGUGAUCCAGAAAAGAGGAUGAUUAAGGGCAUAGCAGUAAUAGACAAUGACUUCUCCCAUGCAAGUGCCAAUAUAACUGAUGGAGGAGUAGGAUACUCCUACGUCACAGUUCGAAUGAAGAGUCAAAGGCAUCAUCCUCUAAACUUCGAAGUAGAAAUAUACGUCUAGUCAAAGACGAGAUCAGAUCACAUAGGACUGUAAAAACAGCUUUAAAAUCCAACAUGGUGCAGUGAUUGGACACUGGUGUGCUAAAUGAUGCAAUACUUUUAGCAAUAGUUAUAGAAAUAAGUGUCUAUAAGGUUUAUAUUAGCUUAAACUGUUUUCUUUUGUAAUUUUAUUGAUCUACCACCAAAUAUAAUUAGCAUCUUAUUAGUAAUUUCGAAACGAGGAUUCGUAAUCUUUUGUGAAUAUAAUUCUCUCUAUUAGGUAAGCAUGCCAAAAGUUAAUGUAAUGUUUAGUUUAGUAAGAACCAUUGUGUCUUUGUAUACAGCAAGGUACUGGUGCCAAAGGGAUCCCCUACAGCAGGAUGACUAAGCGAUAUCGCCGUCUCGCCUAAUGUCACUAUUAGUAGCCG